AUGUUUUCUUGGACGUCCCUCACAAGAUUUCGGCAUUCUUUUCAUCGAGUCCUUUCUAUUCGACCUUCUACUGGUGUUAGGAUCUUUUCCGGCCAAUCACAACCCUCCACAUUGUCAUCGUCAACCUUAACCUCCACCACCACCUCCGCCGGAGGAUUAAAAAAUGGUGAUAAAACGGACUUUGAUAAGUUUGUAACGUCGGUUUCGGGACUUGCGGUGGUUGGCUCUGCCUUAGGGUUUUGGUAUUUUUAUAAUUCUUUGGGUGAGGAUUCUGUUCAGGCAUUCGCUGAUUAUGCAAGGGAUGAGAAUCAGCUUCAGCAACAGUAUGAACCUCAGGCAAAAUCCUCCUUCCUCUUCAAUGAAAGCUUUAGGAGAAGAGUAUUUUUCAAAUACGAAAAACGGAUUCGCUUGCAAAGCCCCCCUGAAAAGGUUUUUGAGUACUUUGCAUCAGUGAGAACAGCAGGAAGCCGUGAGGCAUUUAUGACACCGGCGGAUUUGAUGCGAGCGGUUGUGCCGGUGUUUCCGCCAUCAGGAUCAUCUCGUGUGAGAGAAGGUUAUCUCCCAGGAGAGAAGCAUCCUGGUGAACUCAGUUGUCCUCCUUCUCAGUUCUUCAUGCUUUUUGACACUAACAAUGAUGGUCUCAUUUCUUUUCCAGAGUACAUCUUCUUUGUUACUCUCCUGAGCAUCCCAGAGUCUGGCUUUCAAGUGGCAUUUAAAAUGUUUGAUCUUGACAAUAACGGGCACAUAGACAAGCAAGAACUCAACAAAGUGAUGACCUUGAUGCGAAGCCAGCACAGACAAGGGGAUGUAACUGUUGUAGAAGAUGGGGGUCUCUUCCAGUAUUUUUUUGGCAAAGACGGAAAGGAUUGUUUAAAUAUUGAGAAAUUUGGCCAAUUCUUGAGAGACCUACAUGAUGAGAUAUUGCGGUUAGAGUUCUCCCAUUAUGACUACAACGAAAGAGGAAGCAUUUCAGCCAGAGAUUUCGGGCUCUCCUUGGUUGCAUCUGCUGACAUCAAUCACAUAAACAAGCUGCUGGAUCUAGUUGAUGAAUUGGACAAUGACUCACACCUCAGGGACAUAAGAAUUACAUUUGAGGAAUUCCAAGCCUUUGCAGAAUUGCGCAAGAAGCUGCAGUCCUUCUCUUUGGCCUUGUUCAGCUAUGGGAAAAUAAAUGGGACCUUGACCAAAACUGAUUUCCAGAGGGCAGCAUCUCAAGUAUGUGGGGUGACAAUUACAGAUAAUGUGGUGGACAUUAUAUUUCAUGUGUUUGAUGCAAACCGAGAUGGAGAUUUAAGUGCAGACGAGUUCAUCAGGGUCAUUCAAAAGAGACAGAGUAAUUCAUCACGUCUAGGUUGCAGGAGUAUGCUGUCUUGCUUGUUCAAUUGUGCAAGUAACUGUUCCUCAGCUAAGCUUCAAUUUUGAGUUAUAAAUAUUACAAUUUGAAGAACCCUGAAGUCAACAUA